UGAGCAUUAUUAUAUUAAUCUGUGUAGAGGACAAACAAAGAAGAAAUAUUUCAGAAAACAAUGAAGUAUUUAUGUGAUAAAAAGGUGGCUUCAAUAUUUAUGAUAACUUUAUUUAUUCUAACUGCUGCAGCAAAGCAACACGAAAAGGUUCCAGCAGUUAUUGUGUUUGGAGAUUCUAUAGUGGAUCCGGGCAACAACAACCAUGUCAAAACUAUUGUCAAGUGCAACUUCCCACCUUAUGGGAGAGACUUCAUUGGACGAAAACCAACUGGAAGGUUUUGUAAUGGAGUGGUUCCCUCUGACAUUAUAGCUCAAGAAUUAGGUGUGAAGGAUCUGUUGCCUGCUUAUCUUGAUCCAAAUCUGAAGACUGAAGAUCUGCUUACUGGUGUAAGCUUUGCCUCAGGUGGCUCUGGUUAUGAUCCUCUCACACCCAAAAUAGUGUCUGUGCUGUCAUUAUCUGAUCAACUGAAGCUGUUCAGAGAAUAUUUAUCAAAGAUAAAGUCAGCAGUGGGAGAAGGAGCAGUGGAAACAAUACUAUCGAAAAGCAUAGUAAUUGUGUGCACAGGAAGUGAUGACAUUGCAAAUACCUAUUUUUCUACACCUUUUAGGAGACCUCAAUAUGAUAUUAAUUCCUACACUGAUUUAUUGCUCUCCUCAGCUACUGCUUUUUACAAGGAACUGUAUGAAGUGGGAGCAAGGAGAAUUGGAGUGCUGAGUUUACCGCCAAUAGGGUGUGUGCCAUCACAGAGAACUCUAGGCGGAGGCAUAGAUAGACAGUGUUCGAAGUCCGCCAAUGAAGCAGCAAGCCUCUUCAAUUCCAAGCUCUCCUCAGCAAUUCAUGCCCUCAAUAAACAGCUUCCAAAUUCAACGCUUGUGUACCUUGACACCUACAAUCCCCUGCUCUCUCUAAUCCAAAACCCUGCUCAAUAUGGGUUUGAAGUGGCAAAUAAAGGAUGCUGUGGCACAGGAAACAUAGAGGUGAGCAUACUGUGUAAUGGAUUGGAUGAUCCACAUACGUGUAAAGAUGCCUCCAAGUACAUAUUCUGGGAUAGUUAUCAUCCCUCCGAGAGAGCUUACAAAAUCCUUACCUCUCAGAUCCUCAACAAGGAUCUGGACAAAUUGUUCUGACCAUAUAAGUUUACGCUCUUUAUUUAUAUUUAUGGACCAAUAAAGUUGUCUAAAUUGUCGACACCAAACUAGGCCAUGCAGCUCCUCAAUGUUAAUUGUAUGCUUUUCAUGUUGCCAUUUAAUAAGUAGCGACAACUCAAAAAUCUCUUAUAA